AUGUUUUCAUCAAAUGCCUCCAACUUUAGCUCAUCGAUUCACCAAAAGUGUCAACUCUUGCCUACUGGAAUUUUAUGCAAAUCCAUAGCUGUUUCAGGCCUAAUCCUCUUUUUGUUCUAUGCGUUCUUGUUAAACAAUGGCAACCAAUCUUCUGAUUUAUUCAAUCUGCCCUUUCAACUCAAAUGGCCUGCAGCUUCAUUUUCAUCUAACAUUAAUAAUACCAUGGACUCUCCGACCAAUAUUAACCACAUCGGAUUUAUAGUGAUUGGUUCUUUGAAUUCAUGGAAGAAUAGAAAAUCAUACAUUGAGUCAUGGUGGCGGCCAAACGUAACUAGAGGAUAUGUCUUCUUAGAUAAGGAGCCCACAGAAGAAUUUCUACCUUGGCCUUUAACUUCUCCUCCUUUUCAAGUCAAUGAAAACAUCGCCAAACUAAGAGUCUACCCUAAAGUUGCGAGCCCUGUUCAAGUUCGAAUGUUUCGUUCACUUUUAGAUAUGUAUAGAGUGGGAGAUAAGGAUUUGAGAUGGCUAAUAAUGUGCGAUGAUGACACCAUAUUCUUCGUCGAUAAUUUAGUAGAAGUUCUACGGAAAUAUGAUCAUACUAAGUAUCAGUAUAUUGGAGGUAAUUCGGAAUGUGUCAAGUCAAAUGCUGAUUUCUCUUUUGACAUGGGAUUUGGUGGAGCUGGCUAUGCUGUGAGUUAUCCAUUUGCACAAGCAUUAUCAACCAAAUUAGAUGAUUGUAUUGAGAGGUACUUUUAUGUAUGGGUUAGUGAUCAUAUGGCACAGUCUUGUUUUGCUGAUCUUGGAGUUGCUUUAACCAUUGAGAAGGGGAUUCACCAGAUUGAUCUACAUGGUGAUAUAUCAGGGUUUCUAUCGAGUCACCCGCAAUCUCCACUCCUCACUCUCCACCAUUUUGAUGUCAUAGAUCCAAUCUUUCCCUCCAUGGACCGAUACGAAGCUACACGGCACCUCAUGAAAGCAGCAAAAGUUGAUCAAUCUCGCAUUGUACAACAAACAAUCUGCUACGAAAGAGAAAGCAACUGGUCUUUCUCUGUGUCCUGGGGCUAUUCUACUCACAUAUAUGAGAAUAUAAUACCUCGAAGCUUUCUACGCAAACCCCUCGAAACGUUUAGGCCUUGGGCUAGAAAUUCUAGGCCUCCAUUCUACAUGUUCAACACACGGUGGCUGAUUAACAAUCCAUGCGAAGCUCCUCAUGUAUUUUUCUUUGAAUCAAUAGAGCAUAGCGCAGAGAAUAACACGGUUCUUACGACCUAUGUUCGAGCAGCACCACGGAACCUGCCUCCUUGUUCAGCUUCCGGCAAUCAUUCUGCUGAUCCCAUCUCCAAAAUUCGGGUGCUUUCUCCUGCAACAACACGCAAGACGGCCGGGGUAAUAGAGUGCUGUGAUGUUGAUUACAAGGCUGAGACGAAUGUUACAGACAUCAAAAUAAGGUCCUGUUUGAAAGAUGAAGUCAUUGCCUGA